ACAAGAAACCCACAUUAUAUUACUUUUGAGAUCGAACAGAUCGCCUCAGUAUAAUCCUCUGCGGUCUCACACUCGAUCCUUCUGCCUCGUCUUCGAUCACAAAGUUUAUCAGACCUCUUGCUGUGGAGCAGUACACAGGCAAAGCAUGUCUCUCUGGUUGGGUCUGAGAAGGGUUUCCCAAUCCUUCAAGACCUUAAUAUGCCACCGUUCCUCGGCCCAUCGUCCCUUCACCACUCAAUCUUGCAGCCGCCGAGUCCUGUUCUUUGUCAGGAACCUGUGGGAGCUACACUUUUACUCUGCAAAAAUCCAAAAGGAUGGCACCCUAGGCCCUGCCACUAUGCUCCCCCCAAUCCCUUCCCUAGGACCUUUCGCACUCACCAAUUCAUGGACGAGGACAGUCCUCAACGGUAAGAUCUUCAUUUCCUUGACCAGACAAUUGGUCUUGUAUAGAUCCCCCACCGGGUUGGAAUACCCUCUUCCCGGUCGAUUCCACAUCUACAGUCCUGACACCGGCGAGGACUACACUCUUCCUGAGGCUCCCCCUCUCCCUUUUCCCGUUAAACUUUUGGAAUUUGAAGACUAUAAUGAUUGCUACUUUGGGUUUGAUACUUUGUCCAAUGAGCACAAGGUCCUCCUUGUUCAAACGCUUCCAGACUCUCAAAACCCAUUGAACCCAUUGAAGAGGCUUUUUUGGGUUUUCACACGGAGCAGCGGAUCAUGGAGUCGGAUACACCCUUUUCCCCCUGAACAAGUAUUUGGUUUUCCAAAAAAUGAAGAAGGAGACGUUAUUUUUGCUAAUGGCGCAAUUCAUUGUAUUUAUGAUCCCAAAAGUGGUCCGUCAGAUAAAUAUAUAUUGGCUUUUGAUAUGUCGGAAGGGCAACUUAGAAAGAUCCCGUAUCCUGAUGAUUCGUUCUCUGGAGAGCUAACUCAAUUUGGUGGAUAUUUGGCUUUGAUAGAAAACUCGUCAUUUUUUCCAUUUGGGUCGCGGAAGGGGUUGCCUGGCGUGGAGUACGACAAGUUGCAGUUAUGGAUAUUGAAGGACUACAAGAAUCUCAAGUGGGUUAAGGAAACAAUUCAUUUACCUUUUGGUUGGAUGAAGAAUAACCUUCUUCUUGCCUUCGACUAUAACACUGGUGAGAUGUUUCUAAAACCGGAGGUUAAUCAAUACUUCACUGAAUACUUCAUCUAUUAUAAUACGAAGACGGGAACUAUUAGGCAUCUUGAAGCCACCGGAUUCCCCCCUUGGUGCAAGGAGUCGGUACAUGCUUACGUUCCCAUCAUUGAGGUUAAUUUCGAUGAUAAGGAGAGGCAGAAAAGUUUCUAAAAAGUCAAGCAGCAAGCAAGUGUAGAUGAUAAAGGGGAUGAUGAGGCUAAUUCAGCAAUAGAAACAAUCAUGCGCGCACAUACUCGAGUACAAAACUGCUGCUUCUGUUGUAAACUGAUGUAAUUUUUUUUUUUAAAAGGAAUAAUGAUAUGAUCUCACAAUAUUCUCCUAUAA